AUGACUGAAAGUGAGGUUAUAUUUGGGGUACUCUUGGUGAAUUUCCAUCAUUCAAGAGGUCCGGAGGUAGAAUAUUCGUAUGGACUGCCGAAAGAUGUCGAAGCGGCCAAAAUUUGGCCGUAUUUACCCUUCCAAGCAUUACCGGAUGGGUCACAUUCUUUUGAAGAGACCUUCACAUAUUUUACACUGGUGUUUAAUGAGGCAAAGAACUCCGGACCACCCAGCGAUGGUGCAGCGGCAAUUUCGAGGGAUGAUGUUAACGAGUACACCACACUGUUCGCAAUCUCCUGUUCAAGACAGAUCCGAUCAGAAGAACUAAUUCAGAGGGAAGAAGAUGUCACUCGCUCCACUGUGCAAAAGUCGAUAGUAGUUGUCGCAAGAAGACCCAUUUUCGGUCAAAUUAAAGACAAGCUGAGCAUCAUCACGAAUGCUUUCUUCUUACAAUUGGACUUCACCAAUAGGGCUAUCAUAGAUACGUUAUACGAAAACUUGGCAGCCAUGUACCAAUUAUCUACUCCUGCCGAUGAGUCACACUUAUACGUCGGGCUAUGUUUGCGUAAGAUAAUACACGAUUUUGGAAGAGACACACUGAUGAUUUUGAAGGCAAUCUUACUCGAGCGUAAAGUAUUAAUCUAUGGCAGUAACGUGGAGGCACUGUGCAAUGUUCAGUUUGGGUUUAUUGGUCUGAUUCCAAACCUUAUUUACAAUCUGAAAGACUGUGGUUCUCCUAUGCUACACAGCUACUUUGAAGACUUGAAAGUAGCAGACUCCUUCAAAUCUAGUGAUCGACAAUCAGUCUUGAAGUUUUUGGGAUUUCCACUUCAGCUUUUCGGAGAGGGUGGAUUCUUUUCACCGUAUAGUCCACUUCAGCAAUUAAACGAUCUGGAGUCGCCAAACACCAAGUACUUCGUUGCCGGUACAUCCAAUUCCUUGCUGUUAGAGCAAAGCGAUCGAAUAUGUGAGAUUUUGGUUAACACGAACCUGCAUUCAGUGGAAAUAGUUUCAUCUGAUAAAUCCCUCUCGAACGCAUUGCAGUUAUCUUCCCAAGACAAGAGAUGGAUAGACUCUAUCACCUCUAUUGUAAGCGACACAUGGAACGAAGAUGAUCAUACUACCCCCAAGAAUAUGCGAUUUGAAGGUAGCGAGGAUUUUUUGCGGUGGCAGUUUGAGGACUACCUGACAGGUCUGGUAUCCUGCGAGAAGCUAGAUUCAUUCGUGAAGCUCAACGCUGGGAAUGAUAUGGCACUGAGGUCUGUUCCAGACCAGUGGACCAACACAAUCGACUCUUUUAAUGCUAACUGGGUGAAUGAAUGGCGGAAAACUAAUAACUACCGGGGUUUCGACAAAUCAACAGAUGACCGUAUAUUUGAUCUUUUCCCCCCUAAACACGUUUGCAAUUCAACGGAUACAUUAGCCAGCUUGCAGCAAAGGCUAAGCAAAUCUUUUCAAGCACUCAGGCGAAAAGAACGCUCGGAUUCUCAUAAAAGCGAGGCGAGAUUGCCAUUGGAGCGCGGGGAUAACAUGAAACAAGGCUUAACAUCGGCAAUCUCCCAAGAGAAUGAUGCGAUAUCCUGGAAGGACUAUUUCAGUAGGAAGAAGAAGCAGAAAAGACUUGCCAAUUCUCUCAUGUCAACGCACUCUACUACCUCAAAUAUGGGAUCAACCCCUGCCGCAAUUAGCAGCGCACUUCUCAGUCUUGGUCUCUCUCACCCUCCCUUACAAGACGACUUCGAGAGUACCCAGUCAAACAAUAAUACUAGUACAGGCCCGGAUACCCUAGUAGGCGGACGAGAUUCGAAUAAGAUUUCAGAUGAAGAGUUUGAGAAAGUUGAAAGUCAAGUCUCUGGUGGAGAGGAUCUCGAGACCAAUGUUUGGGCUGGAUAA